UUCACAUUACUGCAGUCCUGGUGGCUUCUCAGAAGGUGGCUGCGCCUCCAGAGCGGUCAGACACUGCUGUGUGCCUGAUUCAUUACUGCUGACAGGGGCUCUUCACAUCAGUCUUCACGGAACACUUGGAGGUGCAGGUGGGAUCUCAUAGUCAUCAUCAGCAGAUCCAACUUGCAGCCCCAGCCCAGCAGUAAGCAGCUAUGGUUGGGAGGCUCAACCUGCAGGAUGUCCCCGAUCUUCUGGACAUGAAGAAGAAGAGCGAGAGGGUCCUGGACAGUCCUGACUCUGGGCUUCCUCCAAGCCCCUGUCCCAGCAACUGGCUCCUGGGCUCAGUCUCAACCGAGAAGACAUCUGACCAGGACAUCUCUGGUCACACAGUGCAGGUGAGUACAUCACCGUCACUAAGCCUGUCAAGCAGCUAUACCCCACGGCUGUGUCCUCUGUCAUUUGGAGAAGGUGUGGAGUUGGACCCAUUGCCACCCAAGGAGAUAAGGUACACAUCCUCAGUUAAAUAUGACUCGGACAAGCAUUUUAUUGACAAUAUAUACAUGCCGGUAGGAUUGGGAGUGUCUUCAUGUAGUCAGACUGUGAUCUGCAUUCCUAACUGUACAUGGCGCAACUACAGAGCAGAAAUUCACUUUCAACCAAAGAAUAAGCCUCAGAGGUUUAUGAGCACCACAAUUGUCUAUCCAAAGCGCACAAAAACCGUGUACACUACUACUUUGGAUUACAACUACAAGAAAUGUAUGAGGCGCUUUCUCUCCAGCAUAGAGCUUGAGUCAGCUGAACAUGUGGGCAACGACUGCUUUGUGGAUGAAUACUGAUGCCCACCGUCCUGCCUUAGAAAACAACGGAGAGCAUGGAGCCUUUAAAGAACUUCAAACUGUCAGAACCUACAGGAGCUCCUUCUAAGGCUCCAAGAUGAUUGAUAAAUGUAUAUAUGAAAGUCUUUCACCCUGAAACUACAUGCUUAGUAUGAAAUCUGAUAGACCUAAUUUAGGGAACUCUUUAUUCCGCAGAAUAACUGCUGAUUUUAUUUUAUUUUUUUACCUUUACUCAUAACACUGUGUAAAUGCCUGGGACAUUUAUAUGACUGUGAACAUGGAAACUAUACUCUGAUCACCAAGGCACAGACAAUGUAUUUUAUGUGCCAGGUCAUGGACAAUAUAGAAAUGUACUGGACACUAAAAUAAAAGGAAAUAUUGUCAAAUGAUUUGGUCUAGUCAAUGCCACAUCUUCUAUUUUUAUAUGGCCAGUAAUAGGGACAAGAAGCAUCUAGAUCUUGGCCUGUGAAAAACGUUAUAUUAACUCCAUAAAAAAAUAUAUAUAAUUAUGAAAGAGGCUUAUAACUGGUUUAUGUAUGCAGCUUGUAAUUGUAAAAUCGGAACACUCUGGUAUAAAUACAUAUGCCAUAUCUAAUACCCUCAGGGGCGCCGUGCAUGGCAUUUAUUUCUGAAAGAACUUCUGUCUGGUUAUUGGGUGCAAAGUUUUUAAUUUUACAUCCCUUUCUUUUGAAUAAAUAAUAAAGCACUUUAAUGGGAAAAUAUGAAAU